AUGGAUAGCUUUGUAAACGACCUAGAAAAAAACAGUGAAGUACUCACUCUUAAUCCUCUUGAUCCUGAGGAGUUCAGGAAGCAAGGCCACAUGAUCAUUGAUUUCCUUGCCGACUACUAUCGUGACAUCGAGAAGUACCCCGUCCGGAGCCAAGUCGAACCUGGUUAUCUUCAUAAACUCCUACCAGACUCAGCCCCCAAUAACCCAGAACCACUUCAAACAAUCCUCAAAGAUGUAGAGACUCAUAUCAUCCCAGGCAUUACACACUGGCAAAGCCCUAACUACUUUGCUUACUUCCCUUUAACUGCCAGUGUCGCAGGUUUUCUCGGUGAAAUGCUUAGCACCGGAUUCAAUGUCGUGGGAUUCAAUUGGUUGUCUUCACCGGCAGCGACAGAGCUGGAGAGUAUAGUUACCGACUGGCUUGGGAAAAUGCUCAACCUCCCAAACUCCUUCCUCUUCUCUGGGAAUGGUGGUGGUGUGUUACAAGGAACUACUUGUGAGGCCAUCUUGUGCACACUCGCAGCCUCUAGAGACCGCAUGCUUAAUAAGAUUGGUAGAGAGAAUAUACUGAAGCUAGUGGUUUACGGGUCGGAUCAGACCCAUUGUGGAUUACAGAAGGCGGCCCAGAUUGCGGGUAUCCACCCUAAUAACUUCCGACCCAUUGCUACUUCGAGGUCGACGGCAUUUGCGCUAUCUCCGGAUUCCCUCCGAUCAGCGAUUCUCGCCGACCUGGAAGCCGGGCUCAUCCCUUUAUUCCUAUGUGCCACGGUAGGAACCACAUCUUCAACCGCAGUGGAUCCGGUCGGGCCACUAUGUGAUGUAGCGAAAGAGUUCGGGAUAUGGGUCCACGUCGAUGCGGCGUAUGCCGGAAGUGCUUGUAUAUGCCCGGAGUUUCGGCACUUCAUCGACGGCGUGGAGAGUGCAGACUCAUUUAGUCUUAAUGCACAUAAGUGGUUCCUCACUACACUUGAUUGUUGUUGCCUUUGGGUUAAGGACCCUAAUGCCCUUAUUAAGGCCCUCUCUACCAAUUUUGAGUGCUUGAGGAACAAAGCUACAGAGACCAAUAAUGUGAUUGACUAUAAAGAUUGGCAGAUAGCCCUAAGUCGCCGGUUCAGGGCAAUGAAGCUAUGGCUAGUACUACGUAGCUAUGGUGUGAGCAACCUUAGGAACUUCUUAAGGACACACGUAAAGAUGGCUAAGCAAUUUGAAGGGCUUGUGGGGAUGGACAAGAGGUUUGAGAUUGUUGUCCCUAGGACUUUUUCUAUGGUGUGUUUCCGACUCCUACUGCCGCGGAUGAGGGUGAAUGCAAAUGGUGGGAAUUGAAUGAUGAGGAAGGAGCAAAUGAGCUCAACCGGAAGUUGCUUGAGUCGAUGAACUCGUCGGGUCGGGUGUUCAUGACACAUGGUGUGGUUAAGGGGGUUCACAAUUU